CAUUGAAGCUUGUGAUUUUUCUCAGAGAUUUACAUUGCGCAAUAAAGUAAUUGAAAAUAAGCUGAAAUGAAAAAGCCUCCUUUACACAUACUUUAAUGUACGGGAUUCAGGUGGCACAAAAACGAGGCUAAUUAAAUUUGGCAACGAAAGUUUUUAGUGCAGUUUAAUAUGAUCACGUUACGAGGAAAACUCAAAAAGGACAAUGACAUAGCAAAUUCAAAGAAUUACAACAGGCGAGUCUCGAUACGAGAUAAAUUACUGAUCAAAGAGGUACAGGAAAUGGAACAGACGUUGCCAGUAACUUGUAAAGUCACAUUUAAAGAUCCACAUUGUCUUCAUGAAUUUAUCUUGUUAAUUAUGCCAGAUGAGGGAUAUUGGAUUGGUGGCCAUUUCUAUUUUCAAAUUUACAUAAGCGAAGAUUACAAUAUGGUGCCGCCAGUGGUAAAAUGCUUAACGAAAUUAUGGCAUCCUAACAUAAGCGAGGAUGGCGAUGUAUGCCUAUCUAUUUUAAGACAAAGUAGUAUUGAUGGUAUGGGAUGGGCACCAACACGCAAACUAAAAGACGUUGUAUGGGGUUUAAAUUCUCUUUUCACUGUACGUAUACAAGCAUUUUCUGUUGCAACUCGUUCGAUUGAUGCGAUUAUGUUGAACAUAUUAUAUAUGUACUUGUGCUCCUUUCAGGAUCUCCUAAACUUUGACGAUCCUUUGAAUAGAGAUGCAGCAGAUUUGUUCAUUAAGGAUAAAGAAUCUUUUCGAAGUAAAGUUAAAGAUUAUGUAAUGCAAUAUGCAAAAAGAUGAUUUACAUUGUAACAUUUUAAGUAACAAAUAAUUAUUUACAUUUUUCAAAUUGGUUCCGUGCCUCUUUUUAGUAUAUGAGUACAGAAUUUGCUCAAAUCUGCUUUAGGUUAACUAUGAUUUAACUCAAUUUAAUAUUGCUAGUCUUUUUACCUGAAAGAGAUUGUCAUCACUUUCAGUUUCAUGUAAUUCAAUUUUCGGAUUGUUAUAGUGAAAUUGUAUUAAUACAAUUUAUUAAUUAAUUAUGACCUAUAUUAUUAUGUAUGAAGGAAAUGUAAACAUUAAAAAUUAAAAGUACAUCACGUGCACAAUGUUUUUUUUCUCUUGAUGAGACAUUGUAAUGCCAACAAGCAAUUGUAAAUAAAGUGGGUAUUUAAUAAUAUAUUUAAAUAACUAUAACUUAUAUGAGUAUAUAUCUUUUGUGUAAAACAUACAAGUAUUGAAUAUGUAAAA